AUGGCGGUCUCGGAGCCGGGUUACCGGAGCUGGUCCUUGUGGCCCGAGGUGCCAUCCGCCACCUUCUUCACCGCGCUGCUCUCGCUGCUGGUAUCCGGGCCUCGUCUGUUCCUGCUGCAGCAGCCCCUGGCGCCCUCGGGCCUCUCGCUGCGGUCCGAGGCCCUGCGCAACUGGCAAGUUUACAGGCUGGUGACCUACAUCUUUGUCUACGAGAACCCCGUCUCCUUGCUCUGCGGUGCCAUCGUCAUCUGGCGCUUUGCUGGCAAUUUUGAGAGAACCGUGGGCACCGUCCGCCACUGCUUCUUCACUGUGGUCUUCGCCGUCAUCUGUGCCAUUAUCUUCCUGUCGUUUGAAGCUGUGUCAUCACUGUCAAAGCUCGGGGAGGUGGAGGACGCCCGCGGUUUCACCCCCGUGGCUUUCGCCAUGCUGGGAGUCAACUGCGUCCGCUCUCGGAUGCGGCGGGCCCUGGUGUUCGGCAUGGUUGUGCCUUCGCUGCUGGUGCCCUGGCUCCUGCUCUGCGCCUCCUGGCUCAUUCCCCAGACCUCUUUCCUCAGUAACGUCUGUGGCCUGGGAAUAGGGCUAGCAUACGGCUUCACCUACUGCUUCUCCUUUGACGUCCCAGAGCAAGUCGCAAUGAAGCUCGACCAGAAGUUCCCCUUCAGCCUGAUGAGGAGGAUUUCGAUGUUCAAGUACAUCUCCGGCUCUUCAGCCGAAAGGAGGGCAGCCCAAAGCCGGAAGCCAAACCCUGUGCCCGGCUCCUACCCCACGCAGAGUGGCCGCCCUCACCUGACCCCGAACCACCCUGCCGCCCAGAUGCAGCAUGUCAGUGGCCAGAAACUGGCCUCCUGGCCCUCGUGUGCUCCUGGGCACAUGCCCAGCCUGCCUCCCUACCAGCCUGCCUCUGGCCUGUGCUACGUGCAGAAUCAUUUUGGCACAACCCCCAACUCCUCCGGUGUCUACCCAGCUUCCGCGGGUGCCUCCCUGGGAGUCCAGCCCCCUGCCCCCCUCAACUGCCCUGGCACCGUGUACUCCGGGGCCCUGGCCACUCCAGCCGCCACAGGCUCCAAGGAGUGCUCAAGGGUCCUGAUGCCCUGA